AUGGCAAUUGAUCAAGACUACUUGGACACUUGGGGACAAGUAACACUGCAUAACUACAAAAACUUUCAUUUGACCUUCGAUACUUUCAAUACAGAAAUCCAUUACCAACUGUAUUCUCAAUUGUUCCCAUUCGAUUAUGAAUUUAUGCAAAUGCGACCUAUUAGUUCUUUAGAAAUGGGUUUCGCAUACUUGUUUAACUCCGUUGAAUCUUAUCUAAUAAAGUAUAAAUUAGAUUAUUUACUAUUCAAUAAUAAAAAUCUAGUCUUAAUAAGUGAAAUUACUCCAUUACAUGAAGUCGAAGAAAAUUUUAUUAAACAGCAUAUUUUGAAAAACUACUUUUAUUCAUUGAUUGAAAAUUUCGAUUCUUUAUCAGUUUCAGAAAUCUGGAACAGUUUGUUAAAAAUUUUGAAUGAUUCUAAUUAUCUACGUAAAAUGGCAUUGAAAUCUUUUAAUAGGUUGGAUUUUACAAAAACAUUGCUUACUCUACAACAAAUGGAUAAUUGGGUAUUAGAAACCGAUUCAUGGUAUAGCAGGAUUAAAAAUAGUAAAUUCAAUAAGUCAUUCUAUAAAUGGAAAAUAAUCAAUUCCUUUAAAUAUACAUUUGGUCAGUACUUUUCUUCCGUUGUGCUGAGAUGGGAAGAAGAAACAGUUUCUCUAGAAGAAAUAUUUAAUGACAUUUUAACUAUUCAAACUACGGAUAAAGAACUAUUUGUCUGA